CAAAGCAUGACAGUGACAAAACAGCCCAAGUGCCAAGACAAGCGCUCCAUCCUGAGCUAGGCAUAUUCUCAGCUCCUCACAGCCAUCUGUCAGUAACUGCACCUGACAAGGCAAGCAAACACAAGUACCUGAGGCAACAAUCACCUUGCUCCCAUAGCUGUACAUAUCCUACAGCUCUAAUGAAAUGAGGUACAAGCUGUGGUGGGAGCUUCAGUGACAGCUGCAGUUUAUGAGUGGCAUUUUUCAUCUCAACAACCAUUUCAGCCAUUGAAGGUCCUCUCAGGGCUUGCUGUGUAACACUUUUUUUCCCAGGUGUACUUCUUUUCCUCACAGUUCCAGAGUUCAGGAUUUCAGGCAACAAACCCUCCCAUUUCAACAUCAACCUGCAGUGAUCAAUAAGGGAGAUCACCCUCUGCAUCAGCUUCGCAAAUUCCAAACCAUCACGCCUUUGUAAGGCACAGACCAGUCCAGUUCUGCCAAAGAAGAACAGAAAUUCUUAUGGGCACUCAAGCACCUUCUUCAGAUAAGGUAAGCUCCAGAAAGAGCCAGUAGAUCUCUGUGUAAGUAUCUUAUCCAGAAAAUACUACACAGGUUCUCAGCCUACAGGUUCUCAGUGAGUAUUAGUGCAUGUGUGCUGCAACACGGGAGACAAAAACUACAAGUCUGGUUUUAUUUCCCAAUGCAAAAUACAUUCUGUUCCAGACACAGGAUCAAAUACUUACUUGGGUUUUGGAGCAAAACCCAAAACAGCUUGGAAAAAAAGCAUAAAAGGGUUAUUUUAGCACAAGCUACAUUGUGAGGGAAAGCAGUUGGCACAUUUUUGAGUACACAAACUGUAACUGUAUGAAUUUGAAUUAUAAUGAAACUGGGGAAAAAAGGACUAAACACACACACAUAUUGUUUUAAGUACACUACUUUCAAAGUAACUAUUUAACUAGUCUUAACAACAUCUGAAUCUGUGAAGCUUUUACUGAUUCAAAAGCAAAACUACCUAGAAUCAUGAUAUUAUUAUUCUAUCAUUAUUUCAAAUCACUAAUUAAAACCUCACAGGAACAAGCUAGUGGGGUUCCAGAAAACCAGCUACCAAAAAAAAAAAAAAACAAAAAACAAAAAACAGCUUUCUACUGUAUUUUCUAGUGGCAGCUCUUCAUCAGAACAGCUCAGACACAAUGUCAAACCUCUUCAUGCUGUGAACCUUUACACCUGAAAAAGCAGCAAGGAUCUCUUGAAGUGCAGUUUUUAGAGGAUACAAACCAUAAGAGGUUAAACUUGAAAAUGCUAUCCUCAAAACUGCACAAACAUCUUCAGCUGCCUAAGGCAGCCACCUUCGCCCCUCAAAAUAAGUAUUUUAACCAUAAAUAUAGAAUAUUGAAAACCACAGGCAGUCAAAAGCUAAGCCCCAGAGAUACUGAUUACACAGUAACUCUGAGAAAAUAUAAAGAAAAAUAAUACAAAUGCAGACCACUAGCUAGAAAUCCCUCACAACCCUUUGCACUAGUUAAAGGGUCGGAAGAAAAUUCACACGGUAGUAACUAAAAGAGAGCCAUUACAGAAAAUCACAGUAGGCAUCUAUAACAGUUAAAUAAGAAAAUGCAUGCUAGACAGUAAUAAAGCCUUUCUUCCUCAAGAACUGCAAUAUUUUACCUUUAUUAAAUAAAUUAGAAGAGUCUGUACUUAAAGAUACUUACAUACAAUACUUAGAAAAUUCUUUAAGCAGGUACAAGACAAUAAAUCAUAAACAAAAACAGCAAGAAAAUUAUAUUUAAAGUAGAUAAAUAACAUUUAACUAUUCUAGACCCAAAAUGUUGCUUUUAUAAAUUCUUUAUAAAAGAACUAGCUCUCUUUUAGCAACACUACAUACUGACUUCACUGUGACACAGCUACACCACCAAACACCUAAGGAUAUACAAAUCCCACAACUCCACCACAUUACUGACCACUCCCUAGCCAGGACCCUUAUAUAAACCCACCCUUAGCACAGUUCUGGAGGCUGUUCCUGUACAUUUGGCAAUGGCAAACAGCUGCUGCUUCCAUACAGUACAGGGUGUGAAACACGAAGUUGCUUCUGUCUGGACACCUGACCUUUGCUGACAGUCUGCUGCUAUGGCAGACCCCCCUGGUUGCUGCUCUACCUGUGCUACCUGCCUGCUCUGCCCCUACAGCUGCCAGUGGGUCACUGCCAAGAAGGAGAAGAGGAAGGGCCUGAGAACCACCAAGUAUGACUGCAGCUGGUUCCUUUUCCUCUUCUGCGUCUUCCUCUUCACACUGGUGUGGCUCUACUUCGCUAUCAUCAUCCUCAAUGAUUUCCACAACUUCAGCGAAUUCAUCUUCAGGCAGAGGAAGCUGUGGCUAGAUUGGCCCCUGGUCCUGCUCAUAGCUACAGCUCUGCUGAUCAGCUACUCGUCUGUGCUGCUGGUCCUUGCUUUGUGCUUGCAGCUCUGUGGCCAGCCCUUGAAGCUACACUGGGUGCACAAGAUCCUGCUGAUCCUAACUGCCCUGGUGGUGGCUGCAGCCUUCACAGGGCUGGGAAUAAAGUGGGCGGAGGAGUGGAAAAGUGCACGUGUCUCCCUGCAGGCAACAGGUCCCUUCCUGCACAUUGGAGCUGUGGGUGGAAUGACGCUCCUUGCCUGGCCCUUGGCCAGCUUCAUCUACCGCACCCGCAAUACAGGUCUCAGGGUGUUUGUGCUGCUUGUAUACGGUGCAGCGAUGAUUGCACUAUACCUGGCUCCCUUGGGAAUUGCCUCCCCUUGCAUCAUGGAGGAGAACCAGCUGCCCCCCAAGCCAGCCCUAGUUGGCCAUCGAGGAGCACCCAUGCUGGCUCCUGAGAACACCCUCAUGUCACUGCACAAGGCAGUGGACUGUGAUGUGCAAGUCUUUGAGACAGACGUCAUGGUGAGUGCUGAUGGGGUCCCAUUCCUCAUGCAUGACGAGGAACUCACCAGGACCACCAAUGUGCAGGCUGUGUUUCCUGAGAGGGCUGCCCUGAACAGCACUGCCUUCAACUGGACAGACCUCCAGCGGCUAGAUGCUGGCAGCUGGUUUCUGGAGCGGAGGCCAUUUCCCACUGUGCAGAGUCUUUCUCCUGGAGAUCGCAAGGAGGCAGCUGAACAGAGGAUCCCCUCCCUGGAACAGGCUCUAGAGGCAGCCAAGCAGAGCAACAUCUCCAUCAUGUUUGACCUUCGGCCUGAGAACCACAGUGACUACCAGAACUUUGUCAAUGUCACCCUAGGAGUGAUUUUACAGUCAGGCAUCCCGCUGCAGCAGGUCCUCUGGCUUCCAGAUGGGUUCAGGGAAGAUGUCAAACAGCAGGCCCCAGGUGUCCAGCAUGUCUACGGUCGGAAGAGGUCUGAGAAUGAGAAGGAGGCAGUACUGCGCAUCAAUCUUCCCUACCAGGACAUGAGCUCUGAGGAGAUCAGGCAGUACCGCCAGGAGAACAUCUCUGUCAACUUAUAUGUGGUGAACCAGCCCUGGCUCUUCUCCGUGCUUUGGUGUUCAGGGGUGAGCUCUGUCACCACCAACGCCUGCCAGGUGCUGAAGGAGAUGAAACACCCCAUCUGGCUUCUGCCCAGCAGCACGUACUUCAUGAUCUGGAUCGUUGUAGACUGCGUUUCCUUCCUUAUCAUCAUCUGGGCUUUUUUCUUGAUGAAGAAAUGUUCCCACAGAAGACGGCCAGCGGAGUCUGAGACAGAUGUGCUGCUCACAAAGAUCAACAGCUUGAUGCAAGAGUAACGCCUGUGUCAGCUGUGGGGAAAGGCAGCCAGAGCCCUGCACAGCUCAAGCGGGGAGCACUCCUCAGGCCACUGCAAGGCUCCUUUCCUUCGAGCCUCACUUCUACCGUGGUGUUCGUGGUUCCUUUCAUGGUGCACAGCUGCCCUCAUCUGAAAAGACUUGGAACUGAGUUUUCAUUGCCAAGCUAGCAGCAAGGAACUAAAGCUUUGCAGGGGUGGCCUAGGGGAAGAAUAUUUAUCCAGCAGUACUGGAGCUGAGACCUCUCCCAUGAGGUUUGGACAGGAGCGGGGAUUUGGGUCACUCUUUGGUGGAGGGGAAGGGCUGUCUCUGCCUGUUGUCAGCAGCUCUGCAGCCAGGGAUGAGACACCUGGCUUAAGGGCUGUUCCCCUAGGGGCUGCCCUAUCCCAUGGCUUGAGGAAUAGAAAGGGAAUAGGGUGGAUGUGGAUGUGUAGUGGCUUUUCAAAAGACAAAGGGAAUGCCGAGCUCUUCACCCUCUCAUCCUGGACAUAAAAUCCUUUCCCUACUGCUGCUGCCUUCAUCUUCACAGGACAGGGUCCUGGCACUCCAUGCAGCAGUUAAUGCCUGUUGCUCGGGAAACAAAAGGAUCGGGGCUGGGGGUGGUGGGUGUCAGGAGCUGGCAGGACCGUGCUCACGCUCCUGCUGCUGCUCACGUUGCAGCAGGGCCUUGAGCAGGGAGAUGGGUAUCGUAUCGGUUUGACUUGCUGCUGUCUAUUUAUGUCAAUAAAGCAGAGGAGCGGCAGACCGAUCCUGAA